UGGCUGCAUUCUGACCCAUGUUUUCCCCAUGACCCCUUCCAGGAGAACUACGACGAUCCCCACAAGACCCCCGCGUCCCCUGUGGUUCACAUCCGGGGGCUGAUUGACGGCGUGGUGGAGGCUGACCUGGUGGAGGCCCUGCAGGAGUUUGGUCCCAUCAGUUACGUGGUGGUAAUGCCCAAGAAGCGACAGGCUCUGGUGGAGUUUGAGGACAUCCUGGGUGCCUGCAAUGCUGUCAACUACGCAGCUGACAACCAAAUCUACAUCGCCGGGCACCCAGCUUUUGUCAACUACUCCACCAGCCAGAAGAUCUCCCGCCCUGGAGACAGCGAUGACUCCCGUGGUGUCAACAACGUUUUGCUUUUCACCAUUCUCAACCCCAUCUACUCUAUCACGACGGAUGUGCUCUACACCAUCUGCAACCCGUGUGGCCCCGUGCAGAGGAUUGUUAUCUUCAGGAAGAACGGUGUCCAGGCCAUGGUGGAGUUUGACUCAGUGCAGAGCGCGCAGCGAGCCAAAGCCUCCCUUAACGGGGCCGACAUCUACUCUGGGUGCUGCACACUCAAGAUUGAAUACGCCAAGCCCACACGCCUAAAUGUUUUCAAGAACGACCAGGACACCUGGGAUUACACCAACCCCAACCUCAGCGGACAAGGAGAUCCAGGAGGCAAUCCCAACAAGCGCCAGCGGCAGCCCCCACUCCUGGGAGACCACCCAGCAGAGUACGGAGGACCCCACGGCGGAUACCACGGGCACUACCACGAUGAGGGCUACGGUCCCCCGCCGCCCCACUACGAAGGGAGGAGGAUGGGACCCCAGUUGGGGCACCGUCGGGGGCCCAGCCGCUACGGCCCCCAAUAUGGGCACCCCCACCCCACCGCCGCCCCCGAGUACGGCCCCCACGCCGACAGCCCCGUGCUGAUGGUUUACGGGUUGGAUCAGUCCAAGAUGAACUGUGACCGCGUCUUCAACAUCUUCUGCCUCUACGGGAACGUGGAGAAGGUGAAGUUCAUGAAGAGCAAACCAGGGGCUGCCAUGGUGGAGAUGGCAGAUGGAUACGCUGUGGACAGGGCCAUCACCCACCUCAACAACAAUUUCAUGUUCGGGCAGAAGCUGAACGUCUGCGUCUCCAAGCAGCAAGCCAUCAUGCCUGGGCAGUCUUACGGGCUGGAGGAUGGCUCCUGCAGCUACAAGGACUUCAGUGGAUCACGCAACAACCGCUUCUCCACCCCCGAGCAGGCGGCCAAGAACCGCAUCCAGCACCCCAGCAACGUGCUGCACUUCUUCAACGCGCCCCUCGAGGUGACGGAGGAGAAUUUCUAUGAGGUAGGCUGUCCUCUGUCUGGAUUUGGGGCCGUUUUCUGUAUUCUCCUUGGGUUUGAGAUCCUGUUUUUUUCAUUUCCUGUGUGUCUUUGAUCCAUUUGGGGUUAAACUCAGAAAUGGGAUCCUGGGCUCCAGCAGCAGAGGGGUGGCCAGCAGGGCAAGGAGGUGGUCGU